AUGACGUCGGCAGGCGACGGAGCGAUCUCGAACGACGAGGUCGUCGUCUCGUUCUUCCACCUGCUGACGUCUGCCGCCUGGAACGGCAUCGCCAUGGGCGCCAUGGACGUCGCCAAGCGACACGUCGUCGGCAAGGAACACGGAGACACAGCGCUGCGUGUCGCCGAUUACGUGACGAUACAGGACUAUUUCGGCGACUGUCUUUCGGAGACUAAUGCAAGUCGAGCGUUCACCACUGCUAUGGCAACGGGCAUGGAUAAAGUCACAAACAACUGCGACUGGAGCAUUCAUACGGAUCUCAACGUUCACCCGAGGGCUGGAGAGCGCUUGCUACGAGAUGGCAAAGGACGUAUGGGUGAUGAGCCCUUAAGCAACGGGUGUGGGUGGAAGAAACUGGAUAGGUACUGGCAGUGUCUGCUGGGAUUCGAGACAUUGACUACUGGCGACGGAGCGAUCUCCAACAACGAGGUCGUCGUUCCCUUCUUCUACAUUCUGUCGUCGGCUGUCUGGAACGGCAUCGCCAUGGGCGCCAUGGACGUCGCCAAGCGACACGUCGUCGGCAAGGAGCACGGAGACACAGCGCUGCGUGUCGCCGACUACGUGACGAUACAGGACUAUUUUGGCGACUGUCUUUCGGAGACUAAUGCAAGUCGAGCGUUCACCACUGCCAUGGCAACGGGCAUGGAUAAUGUCACCAACAACUGCGACUGGAGCAUUCAUAAGGACCUCAACGUUCAACCGAGGACGAAGGAUUUUCUUCACGUGGGCUGGCAGACGAAAUACGUCUCCGCCAACAAUGUCACCAAGGUUGUUGACAAGAUGCUGCAUGCCUGCGGGGGGACGGGUUACAAGCUAGAGCUGGGGCUGGAAAGGCUGCUACGAGAUGGCAAGGCGUCAUGGGUGAUGGCCCCUAGCAACGAGGUGUUGAGAAGCUGGAUAGGUACAGUCUAA